AUGGAGGAGCAGGAGGACGGCAUCGGCCUCCUCCCGGAUUGCCUUCUAGGCACCAUCGUCUCCAUGCUCCCGCCCAAGGCCGCCGCCCGCACCAUGCUGCUCUCGCGCCGAUGGCGACGCAUCUGGCCGUCGCUGCCGCUAGACCUACAACGCAACGCCGAUUCGGACGCUCCUUUUCUGACCGCCGAGUCCAUCAACUCCGUCCUCUCCUCGCACCGCGGCCCCAUCCGCCGCUUCUGCGUGACGACCCUCGACGGCGUCGGCACCUGCGCCUGGCUUCGAGCCCUGGCGGAGCGGCGCGUCGACGACACCCUCAUCGUGCGGUGGGCGUGCAGGUUCCAGCACCCCGUGCCCCGCACCCUGCUGGGCAAGGCCGCGGUUUCCAUACGCCAUCUGGAUCUCCACUGCUGCCGCCUCGGCCCUCCUAAUGUCCUCCAUUCUCCGGUGCCGACCUUGCCGAACCUCGACUAUCUGUACCUGUCCGACGUGAUCAUCUCUGAGGCGGCGCUCCACCGCAUGAUCGAGGUCUGCCCUGUUCUCCGAGAGCUGCAUCUCUUCAUGAUCCAUGGACUCCACCGCGUUUGCUUCCGCUCCUGCACCCUUACCACCAUGUCCAUGAGCACGCCCUGUGUCCCUCUCGACGAGUUCUCCGUGAGAGACACGCCCGCCCUUCAAAGCAUCACCUUCACGCACAUUGAUCUCUGGCGUAUACCAAAUUUUGCUGUUAAUUUUGGUAAGCCAAGGGUAGCUUUUUUUUUGAAAAGGGGGGACUCCCCGGCCUCUGCAUCAGGUAGAUGCAUACGGACCACAACACCCUCAAGGAUGUUCCUGUCCGGCAUGAAGGCAGUUUGGGUAGGCUGCACAACAGCAUGCGCGAUCUCCUUGCCCUUUGUAACCUCUCUCGUUUUUGGUAUGAAAUUCACAAACGGUGAAGAGCUGACCAAAGCUAUACACCUCUUAACCUUAUUCACAUGUUUGCAACGUCUCGAGAUAUUGUGCUUCUACUUCGGUCCAAAUAAUGAAGCUGGUUGUGGAGAUUGGAAACCGGCAUCCGAGAUGGUCAUCUGGCAAAGUAAGCAUCUAACGCAUGUGCGACUGAGCGGAUAUUCUGGUACGGUCGGGGAGGUAGAUUUUGCAAGGUAUCUUAUGGUUAGAACGCAAUCUCUAAGGGCCAUGGAUAUCAGUCAUUCCGUUGAUUGGACCCCAAAGGAUAUCAGCCGCCAAACUGAGUUGAUAUGCCUGCAAGGGAAGGCCUCGCCAUUGGCUGAGCUGUUUUUCACUAGGAGCGCCCAGCCAGAUGACGUGCGAAGGAAAGUAGCUAGAUAUCUUCAUACAUUGCCCAUGCUUUGA